AUGGCCUCGCUGCUCGCGAAAUGGCCCGAAGGCUCGGGCAUCAAGACGAGGGCGAUCGAGGACGCCAAGUUGAUGCAAAAGGCGGUGGUCGAGGAGUGCUCAAGGUCGGGGAAGCAGAUCCCCCCCUACCAGCUCUCGGAGCUCAUCGGAAAGGGGAGCUUUGGUCGCGUCUACAAGGCCAAAGCCCAGAAAACGGGUAUGCUUGUCGCCAUCAAAAUCAUCGACAUCGAGGAGAGUGAUACGGUAAACCCGAAGCUCGCCGACACAUACAGCGACUUGGUCAAGGAGAUCAAUGCGCUGAAGCUGUUGAGCGACAGCGGUGCUAGGAACAUCAACCAUGUCAUCGAGGCCAUCACCGUCGGCCAGUCCAUGUGGAUGAUUACCGAGUAUUGCGCUGGUGGAAGCGUCGCGACGCUCAUGAAGCCGACGGCCCCGGGCGGUCUCCAGGAGAAGUGGAUCAUACCCAUCCUGCGCGAGGUUGCCGAGGCAAUAUACUGGGUUCACGGCCAGGGCAUCAUCCAUCGCGAUCUCAAGUGCGCAAAUGUCCUCGUCACCGAGGUCGGCGACGUCCAGCUCUGUGACUUUGGCGUCGCCGGCGUCAUCGAGACCAAGUUUGACAAGCGAUCCACCUUCAUCGGCACUCCUCACUGGAUGGCCCCCGAGCUCUUCGGCCAGACGGCGUCGUACGGGACGGAAGUAGACAUCUGGGCCUUUGGCGCCAUGGUGUACGAAAUCGCGUCCGGUCUGCCGCCGAACGUCUCCGACGGCAUUGUCGCCGCCCGGCUGGGCACUCACCUGAAGCAGCAGACACCCCGCCUGGAAGGGGACCGGUAUUCCCCAGGCCUUCGAGACAUUGUCGCCUACUGCCUGCAGAAGGACCCGACGAAGCGACCAACCAUCGAGCAGCUGCAGCUGCACAAGUACAUCUCCAAUACAGAGGAUACUCACCCCACCUCGUCCCUCUACCACCUGGUGCGAGGCUUCAGGAUGUGGGAGUCCCAGGGAGGGGACCGUAGAUCUCUUUUCUCCGCUGGCGGAGCCCAAGGACUUGCCGAGAUGGCCUCCACGGCACUCUCCAAUGACGAGUGGAACUUCAGCACCACCGACACCUUCGACCAACAAGUCCUGGACAAUGGCGAUGCGCAAGACGUAUACGAUGUCUACGGCUCCAACGUAGACUUUAGUCAGCAAGCGUUCGAGGAAACCUGGCGGCCUCCCAAGGGAAAACCCCGCCGUCGUCCACCACCACAACUUCCCUCCGUCAGAGUACCCCUCGAGAAGGUUUUCGACCCGGAUACCAUUUCCAACUAUGAGGACAAUUCCCGGGCUUAUUAUGGAAAACUGUUUCAACCGCCUGCGUCAGAUCUACCGCUACGAAACGACUCGACCCCCCCUACCGACGUGCGUGAAUCCUUGAUCGACCUGGAUGCUUCCCUGCAUGGAAGCGACUUAUCGCAGUUUGCCGACAUGGACACCAUCAAAGCUGGAGAUCCACGUGCGUCGAUUGAAUACGACUUUGACGACGGUUCCCACUACCCCAAGUCACCAGUCAGUGAUCGAGCCGAAGGGAAGGGUAAUCGCCGCACUCAGGACUGGAAAUUUCCUACCAUGGGCUCGUCGGCAAUGGCGAACCCGGCAACGUUCAAGUUUCCGUUAACAAUAUCGUCGCCGAUUCCGGAAACGUCGCAACCCCAUUUUCCUCACCAGAACCAACAGGCGACCCCGCUCCAGUCGUCGAUGAUCUUUGUCGAUGUCGCUUCGUCCAAGCCCAGCCCAACGAGCCGUGCCUCGGUUGGGAGCCUCAUUGACCUCGACAUGAGUUUUGCCGACUCGGCAACGGAGUACACUCGCCCAUCAACAUCUCACUCAGACUUAGGAUCCAUGAGCGGCUCCGAGAUGGGAGGUGCAAACCCGUUUGAGCUCGAGAAACAUGCGUCGCUUUACGUCAUGUCUACCUCCGUCAGAGAACCGUCAAUGUACGUCUCUGACGAUUCCGAAUACGCAAAUGCACUUGCAAAUCUACGUGGAAGUGUGUCUGACAGCGAACAAACACACACGUCGCCAGAAACUCACAAGAAGGCGGUCAACGGUGGACGUCCCUAUUCUCUAAGCGACUUUACCGAUAUGGACCCCGAAUCCUUGUCGCCUCCGCAGACUGUUGCGCCGAGUAUGGCGAGGUUCCCUUUGUCCUACCAGGAUCAACAACCUCCCCAACCACAACCCAGUCGUGGCCAUCGUGACGAACCCGAACCCCAAAACCACGCUCUCCUUCCACGACUCCCCGUUGCCCCCUCGUCGAAAGUCAUGGAAGGCAAGGCGAAUACAGAGGAAGUAAAGGACGAACUCCGGCGCAUGGUUAUGUGCCUAGAAGAUCAUCUUAAUCAUGCGAACACGUACCUGUUCGAUUUGCCAAUUCGGAGAGCAAGCGUGAUAAAGAUGGAACCCGUGGAAGAUGAAAACUGA